AAGGAGAGCCAACCUCAUUUAAGAAGGUGCCUAUAUAUUUAUAUAUACAUACACAUAUAUUCACAUAACAAAUCGUGCUCUCUAGUCUCUUCACGCAGAUCUUCUACGAAUUCGUGGAUUGCAUAAUCAAUCGAAGGGUAGACGAAGAGAUCCCUGAGUGGUGUGUCGGAAUGAUGGAGAUGGCGUACUACUGAUACUGCUGCCGUCGCUGAUCUGCUGCCAUCGCCACCAUGGCUCUCUCCCUCCCUAACACUGUUCGGCCAACAGCCCUCUCCAUCUCAGCUUCUCUGGACCAUGGAUUGAAAAUGGUGACAGAUGCUAACCCUUCUAUGCUGGGCUUUGAGGGGACUAAGGAAAGAAUAAAGAAGAUGCUCAAUAAGGUUGAACUUUCUGUUUCUUCAUAUGACACUGCUUGGGUGGCAAUGAUCCCUUCUUUGAAUUCUCCAAAGGUCCCUCAUUUCCCUCAGUGUGUAAAUUGGUUAUUGGAUAAUCAGCUCCAUGAUGGCUCAUGGGGUCUUCCUAACCAACAUCCCUUGUUUCUUAGAGAUUCUAUCUCAUCCACAUUAGCAUGCGUCCUUGCACUCCAGCAAUGGGGUGUUGGUGAAGAGCAUAUAAAGAGGGGCCUUCAGUUUAUAGAGUUGAAUUUUGCUUCAGCUAUUGAUGAGAAGCAACAUUCACCGAUUGGAUUUGAUAUCAUAUUUCCUGGUAUGAUAGAGCAUGCUAAAGAUUUGGCUUUGAACCUCCCCUUAGAACAGAAAGACAUAAAUGCUAUGCUUUCCAAAAGAGAGGUGGAACUCAAUAGUGUCGAUGGGAUAGACUCUGAGGGUAGGAAAGCCUACAUGGCAUAUAUUUCAGAAGGUUUGGGAAAGUUGCAGGACUGGAAAAAGAUCAUGAAAUAUCAGAGGAAGAAUGGGUCUCUGUUCAAUUCACCAUCUACCACAGCUGCCGCUGUUAUUCAUCUUCAAAAUGUUAACUGUCUUAAUUAUCUGGGCUCAAUCAUAGAGAAGUUUGGGAAUGCAGUUCCAACAGUUUAUCCUUUGGAUAUAUAUGCACGCCUUUGUAUGGUUGACGAUCUUGAAAGGUUGGGAAUUGAUCGGCAUUUUAAGGAGGAAAUUAGAAGUGUAUUGGAUGAAACAUAUCGAUGCUGGCUGCAAGGGGAGGAAGAGAUAUUUCUAGACAUUGCCACUUGUGCGAAGGCAUUUCGGAUUUUACGUGCUAAUGGAUAUGACAUCUCCUCAGAUCCAUUAAGUCAGUUUGCUGAAGAAGAUCACUACUUCAGUUUGCUAUGUGGCCAUUUAAAAGACAUGGGGUCUGCCUUGGAAUUAUUUAGGGCAUCGGAGUUAACAUAUCCAGAUGAAUCAGGUCUACAGAAACAAAACUUGUGGGCAUCUAUCUUUCUGAAACGGGAAAUAUCCAGCGGUUUAUUUCAUGCAGAUAGACUCGAUAAACAAAUUUGCUAUGAGGUGAAUGAUGCUCUUAAGUUUCCCUACCAUGCAAUUUUGGAACGGGUAGCAAACAGGAGAAGCAUAGAGCAUUACAAUGUUGUCAGCACUAGGAUUCUAAAAUCUUCCUGUUGUUCUUUAACCUUUGGCAAUGAAGAUUUACUGAAACUGGCAGUGGAAGACUUCAACAACUGUCAAUCAAUACACCUUCAAGAAAUAAAAAAAUUAGAGAGGUGGAUUGUAGAUAGUAGAUUGGAUCAGCUAACAUUUGCGCGGAAGAAGCUUGCAUACUGUUACUUUUCUGCUGCAGCCACUCUGUUCCCUCCUGAACUGUCUGGUGCUCGCAUGUCAUGGGCAAAGAAUGGUGUGCUGACAACUGUGGUUGACGAUUUUUUUGAUGUUGGGGGUUCUAAAGAGGAAUUAGCAAACCUUAUUCAACUGGUGGAGAAGUGGGAUGUAAAUCUUGACGCUGAUUGUUGUUCGGAGCAAGUUGAGAUCAUAUUUUCUGCACUUCACAACACUAUUUGUGAUAUUGGAGACAAAGCAUUUGCAUGGCAAGCGCGUAAUGUGACACAUCACGUAAUUGAGAUUUGGCUCGACCUACUCAGGUCUAUGUUCCAGGAAGCAGAAUGGGCGAGAAACAAUUGGACACCAUCAGUAGAUGAAUAUAUGACCAAUGCUUAUGUGUCAUUUGCUUUGGGACCUAUUGUCCUCCCAGCUCUCUAUUUCGUUGGGCCUAUGCUUUCAGAGGACGCUGUGAGAAGCCUUGAGUACCAUAACCUGUUUAAGCUUAUGAGCACUUGUGGCCGUCUUCUCAAUGAUAUUCAGACUGCUAAGAGGGAAGUCGAGGAAGGCAAACAACUCAAUGCUGUUCUAUUGUGGUUGACUCAUCGUGCUGGUGAUAUUACUGAAGAGGAGACUGUUAAAGAGAUUAGGGCCAUCAUUGACAGUACCAGGAGAGAAUUGCUGAGACUAGUUCUGCAGAACAAGGGCAGUGUAGUUCCCCAUGCUUGCAAGGAUUUGUUUUGGAAAAUGUGCAAAGUAGUGCACUACUUCUACACCAAAGAUGAUGGUUUCACUUCACAUGAGUUGACCAGUGUUGUGAAAGCAGUGAUUCAUGAACCCAUUGUUCUUGACAAUUUGAAUGCGCCAUCUGUUGUCGAAAUCCACGAUCUGUUGUUAGCACGUGGAUCAGGAGGAAAAUCUCGACGUUUAUUGUGGAACGGAUCUUCGUUGGUGGAAUUUCAGGAUUUUCCCUAAAAUCGAGGUUUUGGGGACCCCAAGUCAUUGUUUUCAAUCGGUUCAUUCGUGUUUCGGUUUCAGGUUUUAAGGUAAGGAGAAAUUGAUUACAACAGUUAUUUCAUAAAACUAAACCGCUAAAAAGAUAGUUUACAUUCAUAUGAUUGAUUUGACUGCUAUUUUACUGAAUUUCACCAGGUUAAAAUGCAUGGUUUCGUGAUUUUACGAUUUUGGUAAAAAUACGAGUUUUUGCGUAUGGUCUCCAAAUGUUUCAAAACUUCUUUAUUUGUAUUAUUAUGUAUGUAGGAGAUGCCUGAAUCCCUUAUUUUUAUUUAAAUGGUGUUUAUAGUAUUAUAUACUAUAUAGAGGAUUUUUGUUUAAAUUAGUGUGACAUGUGGAUGAAAAUGAACUUGUGAACAUUUGAUAUUAUUGAUAUGAAUUAUGGAAACGAAGUUCCAAAUUGU